AUGACCACAUCCCCCCACUUCGACUACCUCCGCCAAUGCCUCUCUCUCGCUGAACGCUCCCCCCCGCGCCCGACCAAUUUCCGCGUCGGCGCCAUGCUCCUCUCCCGCCGAGACGGCGACAUCGAGUGCAAAGACGAUUGCGUCCUCUCCACAGGCUACACCAUGGAGCUCGCGGGCAACACCCACGCCGAGCAGUGCUGUCUCUCCAACUUCGCGGCCGUGCACUCCGUCCCCGAAGACCGCGUGGCAGAGGUCCUUCCCGCUGAGCCCGGCCGGAAACUCGUCAUGUACGUGACCAUGGAGCCGUGCGGGAAGCGGUUGUCGGGCAACGUGCCCUGUGUGCAGCGGAUCAUCGACACGCGGGCGGGUGGGCGGCCGGGCAUCCAGAAGGUGUACUUUGGGGUGAAGGAGCCUGGGACCUUUGUUGGGAGUUCGGAGGGGUGUAAGAGGCUGACUGAGGCCGGGGUGGAGUGGAGGGUGGUGAAUGGGUUGGAGAGGGAGAUUCUGACGGUGGCUACGGCAGGGCAUGAGAAUCGGGAGGAGGAGGUCAAGGCGGCUUUGGGUGGGGUGGAGACCAACCUGGACGAUGUCAGUGAUGAAGAGAGGCAGCGACAGGCUGAGAUCCCGCGGAAUCCCAAGAAGAGGAUGAUGUAG